AGCCGAGCGAGCGAGCUCGGGGUGUCGUCGCAUUCUAUCGCCUCAUGGCCAUGGCGGCUUCCUCACUACCGCGUCUCCCCAAGCUGCCGACCCUUCCACCUCCGCGCUCCCCUUCGCUUCCCGUCCAGAAGCUAAAACCCAAGUGCCCGCAAGCUGCCGCCGACUACCAUAACCGCGACCACGGCACUGCCAAAUGGACAAGGACGCCGCCGAAGCCCCCUGCUCGGAGUGGCGGCGGGGCCAACAGGCGCCUGCGCGGCCUCGUGCAGCGGGGCGAGCUCGACGGCGCCCUACGCCUCGUGCACUCCAUCUCCGGCAGCGGGAAGGACCCUGCGGUCAUCCCCUGCAACAUCCUCAUCAAGAAGCUCUGCGCCGACGGCCGUGUCGCCGACGCUGAGCGCGUGGUCGAGGCGCUCGGUCCGUCCGCCACCAUCAUAACCUACAACACCAUGGUAAACGGCUACUGCCGCGCCGGCAAUAUAGACGCGGCCCGUCGUAUGAUCGACUCCGUGCCGUUCGCGCCGGACACGUUCACCUACAACCCCCUGAUCCGCGCGCUGUGUGUCCGUGGGUGCGUUCUGGACGCCCUCGCGGUGUUCGACGAUAUGCUCCACCGGGGCUGCUCCCCCAGUGUGGUCACCUACAGUAUCCUCUUAGAUGCCACGUGCAAGGAGAGUGGCUACAAGCAGGCUGUGGUGCUUCUCGAUGAGAUGCGCUCCAAGGGCUGCGAGCCGGACAUUGUAACCUACAACGUCCUCAUCAAUGCUAUGUGCAGUCAGGGUGAUGUUGGUGAAGCUCUCAAGGUCUUGAAUAGCUUACCGUCCUAUGGAUGCAAGCCUGAUGCUGUGACCUAUACCCCUGUGUUGAAAAGUUUGUGCAGCUCUGAGAGGUGGGAGGAGGCUGACAAGCUCUUGACCAAGAUGUUCAGCAACGAUUGUGCCCCGGAUGAGGUGACAUUCAAUGCAGUAAUUACUUCUUUGUGUCAGAAAGGGUUUGUUGGUCGUGCAACUAAAGUUCUUGCUCAAAUGUCAGAGCACGGAUGCACCCCAGAUAUUAUCACAUACAGCAGCAUUAUGGAUGGUUUGUGCAAAGAAAGGCGUGUUGACGAGGCUAUCAAGUUACUAAGUGAUCUGCAAUCCUAUGGGUGCAAGCCAGAUAUCAUUACCUAUACCACGCUGUUGAAGGGCCUGUGUUGCGUUGAACGAUGGGAUGAUGCAGAGGAGCUCUUGGCUGAGAUGGUCAGCAAGAACUGUAUCCCAGAUCAAGUGACAUUCAACACAAUAAUCACUUCCUUGUGUCAGAAAGGACUGUUUGAUCGUGCAAUUAAAGUUGUUGAUGAAAUGUCAGAGCAUGGAUGCAUCCCGGACAUUACCACAUACAAUUGUAUCGUUGACGGUUUGUGCAACAAAAUGUGCAUCGAGGAUGCCAUGAAAUUGUUAGACUGUCUGCAAUCUAAUGGAGGCAAGCCUGAUAUCAUUACAUAUAACACUGUAUUGAUGGGCUUGUGCAGUGUUGAGCGGUGGGAGGAUGCUGGGCAGCUCAUGGUUAAGAUGAUCCACAACAGUUGUCCCCCAGAUGAAGAGACAUUUAAUACAAUAAUGACUUGUUUAUGUCAGAAAGGGUUGCAUUCACAAGCAAUUGAAAUUCUGAAGUUAAUAUCUGAGAAGGGCAGCAUGCCGAACUCAACUACCUAUAAUAUAAUGGUUGAAGAGCUUCUCAAGGCUGGCAAGACAAGGGGAGCACUUGAUCUAUUAAAGAGUGUGGGAAAUAGCUGUCAUCCGGACGUGAUUACUUACAAUAAAGUAAUUGCUAGUCUUUGCAAAUCUUGCAAAACGGAGGAAGCCCUGGAUUUGUUGAACCUGAUGGUCUCUAAUGGCCUUUGCCCAGAUACAACUACUUACAAAUCGUUAGCUUUCGGGUUGUCAAGAGAAGAUGAAAUGGAGAGGGCUAUCGGAAUGUUCCGCAGAGUUCAGGCCAUGGGCUUAUCUCCUGACAAGAUGCUUUAUAAUGCUAUACUGCUUGGUCUUUGUAAAAAAUGGAGAACAGAUCUUGCUAUCGACUUUUUUGCUUAUAUGGUGUCCAAUGGCUGCAUGCCUGAUGAAUCAACCUAUAUCAUUCUCGUUGAAGGCAUUGCCUAUGAGGGCUUUCUGGAGGAGGCAAAAGAACUGCUGGGAAAUUUGUCCUGUAGAAGGGUUUUAAAUAGGAACUUGAUUGAGGAAUAAAACCAUUUUUCUUAGGUUGAUUAUGCAUUUAUUAGCAAGUACUGAAUUGGUUGCUUUGCGUCCCUGAUCAUUACUUACUAAUCAUGAUGACCCGUGCAUACUUCUGUCUUUGUGCAGUUAGUAUGAUUUCUUUUUGUUUCUGUACAUCACAGGUUAGGCUUGGCAUUAUCCUAGGCUAAGUUGUUCCCA